CAACUCUUUGCGCAGUCCUCUUGCUUUUUACUGCUGGCUCUCUGUGUGGCCAUCUGCAAUGCACAGCGGGUGUACAGUCCGUAUCGAAACAAUCCCUACUAUAGGGAUUUGUACUUUAGGAACCGCGACCUGUACAAUCAGCGCCGCUACUAUGACAACUUCUAUAAGAAAUACAAUCCGAACAUUGCCAAUGCUCUGGCACGCACCGUCGAGCAGUCAAAUGAGCCCAACUAUGGCCAGGGCUCCUAUACCUACAGCUAUGAGACUGAGAACGGGAUUCACGGGGAAGAGCGCGGUGCGCCCGUUUACAUCGACAACGGGCGGCAACAGGUAUCUGGUGCCUAUUCGUAUAUAUCACCCGAAGGUAUUCGAGUCGGUGUCAGAUAUGUGGCAGAUGCCAACGGCUUUCGCCCAGUUAUUACCUAUGAUGGUCCAAAUGCUGCGAAUUAUGCGAACCAACAACCGCCUGCUAAUGUGGUCUACACAAGGCAAUAAAGUCAACUAGACGGUGUACGAAGUGUGUGAAAUAAAAUAUCAAAUUUAAUAAUGUGAAAUUCACAAUUUUAACCAACGUUUGUUUAAAACCUCACAAAAAAAAUAAACAUAUAUUUAAAUGCUAUUCGGGGAAUGGAGUAGAACAUACAAGCCGGAAUUUAUAAAGG